CCGUCUCUCGCUUGAUCUUGACCUCCCCGGGCCUCAUGCCCCGGUCGAGUCCCAGGAGCUGGGCAAAGACCAUGUCCGGUAUCGGAGGAGAGCGACCGAGGGCGUCCAAGCGAACAGGCAUUCUCUGAAUCUCGACCUCCUGAAUGGCCAGGACAGCCAAAGCAACCAGUAUGGUGGACGACGAACAGUGCACUUCAGCAUUCCUGGAUCCCCUGAUGCGAACCAGAGACAGACGUUCCAAGACGGCCACCAGGAUACCAUCCGAAGGAGGUACCGACCUCCGGACCGAACCGACAGCGGAAGCGAUGGGGAGAGCGCCGGGGACUGCGUCGGAGUCUCUCCUCGCCUCCUGAAGCUCCUCGAGAUCAAGCCCAAGGACUACGCCGAGGCCCAGCGCCUGAAGAAGAUGCUGAAGCGGGCCGUCAGCCGACCUGACACCACCUUCGAGGACCUCAAGGUGUACCGCAUCGCCAUGAAGCGGCUCCGGCGCAUCGUCAGGCAGGAGCAAGAGAAGGAGAUCAUGCGUCAGGAAGAAGAGGAACGACAGGAAAACUUCCAGAAGUUCAUCGACAAGGUAGAGCAGACGAGAGCAGCCUCCGGCCGAGGGCUUCCGGGGCGGACAGGGUGUCGUACAAGGCCCCGGAAGCUCGGCCUAACAGAGGACAGGCAGUGGUCAUGAAUAGAAGCGAAUGGCUGGAUCGACAUGCACAU